AUGAUAAAUCACAAAAGGAAAGAUAUUACUGAAUACAGUUCCUGCGUAAUUCACGACAACUGUUUGAAGCUGUCAGGCUUAGCAUAUAUGUCUGUUCCAAUCCCCAGUAUCAAAGAUAUCUCCAAACUCAAGUUUUUUUAUGGUUUCAAAUAUUUAUGGAAUCCGAAAGUAUAUGACAAAAUCUUUGAUAAACUAGAUUUAACUAAAACGUAUAAAAAUCCAAAGAAACUGAAAGUGCUUGACCUAUACCCUGGUGUCGGUGUACAAUCUGCUGUUUUUUAUAACAGGUAUUGCCCCAAGCAGUAUUCUCUAAUAGAAAAACGUUCGAGUCUCUACAAAUUUUUAAGAGCCCAAUAUGAAGAGUCUCCUUUACAAAUACUUAAAAAAGACCCGUAUGACUGGUCAACCUACUCGAAUUUAAUUGAUGAAGAGCGCAUCUUUGUUCCCGAAAUCCAAACAUCGAAUCAUAUCAAUGAUAGUUUUUUAACUGUUGCGAACGUGACGGGGGAAGGGUCUGAAGGUCUUAUAAUGCAGUGGUUGUCAUGUAUUGGAAACAAGAACUGGUUGUAUAGAUUUGGUAAAGUGAAGAUGUUGUUAUGGAUGCCAAGUACUACCGCUAGAAAACUUCUUGCUAGAGCAGGCACGCAUUCUAGGUCCAAAUGUUCCGUAGUAAGAGAGGCAUUCACGGAUACUAAACUUAUUGCCAUAUCAGAUGCAGAUGAAUUAGAGAAAUUUGAUAGUCAAUGUUUAAAUGAAUGGGAUCCCAUUGUAUUUAGUGCUGCCGAUAUGUGGCCUACAAAGGGAAAGCCAAUUGCAUUAGUAGAAAUGGACCCAAUUGAUUUUGACUUUGACGUAGAAAAUUGGGAUUAUGUCACGAGACACUUGAUGAUUUUGAAAAGAACGCCAUUGAGUACUGUCAUGGACUCACUGGGACAUGGUGGACAGCAAUAUUUUAAUAGCCGAAUAACUAAUAAGGACCUGCUAAAAAAGUGUCCUAUUGAUUUAACUAAUGACGAGUUUAUAUACCUAACAAGGUUGUUCGCAGAAUGGCCCUUUAAACCGGAUAUUCUAUUGGACUUCGUUGAUAUGUAUCAAACAGAGCACUCCGGUUGA